GCCGGGAAACAAACCAUGGUCAGGAGCAAGGGCAAAACGCCCCAGCGGCCGGAGGGACCCGGGAGGCCGACCUCCCGGGAGCAGGAAUCCAGGUCGGCCAGCGCCGACAGCGCGCCCAGCCGGGAGCGCCGACAGGGCCGCGGUAAAGCCCACGGGGCGAGACAACGCUUGGAGCCCUGCACCGCGGGGGGCCAGGAGACCCCCGGUGGCCGCAGGAAGCCCACCGUAGAGGAGAACGGCGACUGCAGACGGCCAGAGGCUGGGCCGCCACCGGAGGCUGCGGGGAGACGAGGCAGCGCUUGGCGUCGGGGAUGCGGGCCUAAGGAGAACCACAAGCCUGGGGACGGCCGUGGGGGGCGCCUGGAGGAGAAGAGUCUCCUCGGAGGAGGAAGGACACGCGGGCGCGACCGCCGCAGGAGAAGAGGAAAAGGGCGGGGACGCUCGGUUCGGCGGGGCCGCCAAGAGACCCGCAGCCUCAAUGGGGACACGUCGGAUGGAGACGCGGCCAGCUCCUGCCCGGACAGCGAAGUCCGCGAGGCCCUGGAGAGCGACAGCCAGAGCGGUGGGGCCCCGGAGCGGCGGCCCAACUCGGAGCAAACGGACAUGGGCUCGGGAAGCACCCAAACCGGUCCGGAAUCAGCGCUGGAGGCGCCGAGAGAACGCCCGAGCAGCGACGGCCUGGGCAGCGACGGCAGAGGCGGUGACAAGCCCCCCGCCGGGCCCCGGAGCCCGGAAGGAUCGUCGGGGGCUAGGCCCCAGGGAGAGACCGAGGAUUCCGAGACUGACACAGACUUGAGUCUGGAGGGAGCCGGGCCUGGACGGAGCCUACGGGCAGCCCCAGGAACGACAAGCGGGUCCACUGAGGCCGAAGAGGAUGACCCGGCCAGUAAAGCCGCGGCCUCCAGUCCCCUCGAGGGCAGCCGCGCGUGCGUUCCCCGGAGCUCGCGGGCUUCUCGAGACCCCAGGCCGGCCCGGGACGCGAGAAACAGUGGGGUGCAGCCCAAGGCUGAGCCGAGGGGCCCCGAGGCCGUUAGAGCCGAGGCCUUGACCGCCCGGGGUCAGCGUACACAGGUCGGAGAGGGGGUGGGGAAGGUGCAAGAGGAGGAGGGCGUGAGCGAAGCGGGGUCUGGAGAAGGGUCCAGGGACCCAGCGCCGCUGGUCGCCCUGGUGGCGCUCGGCAGGCUUCGGGCGAGGCCCCCGCCGGGGCCCGCUCCCCAGGCCGCGGGUCCCUGCCGCUCGGGCCUCAAGGACCGGCUCCUGCGGGUGGCACGGGGCCUGGGCCUCCUGCGGUGGCUGCGGCUCCGGCCGCGGGCGGGCGAGGCGCGGGCGGCGGGCGAGGGGCGGGGCCGCGGGGCGGGGCUGAGCCGCGGUCUAGUGCUGAGCCUGGCGGGCGUAGAGGGGCUGGGCGGGCGACCGAGGGCUCCCCCUGGUGGCGGCUCGAGUUCCCCGCAGGUUGCGGAAAGGCCAGCCCCCGACGACCCUUCUGAGGACGCGGACCCGACUCCAGAUCCCAAGUUUGCGGUCAUGUUCCCCAGGAUCCACAGGGCAGGGAGGACCUCGAGCAGCCAGAGCUCAGAGGAAGCGUCCGCGGACGCCCCCGCUGGGGAGGGGCACUUUUCGUCUUGUGCGGGGGCUUCAGGGGACAGUGAGGGGCGCAGGGCGAGUGGAGAAGGGGUGGCCGGGCGCCGCCACGGCUCUCUCGGCCCGACUCCCUCCGACGAGCCCCCACUCGAGAGAGGCUCCAGCAGCGAAGCAGAGCCGGAGACCUUGGGAGCCGGGGCUCCGGUGCACUGGGCGCAGGGCGAGGACCCCCGCGAGGACCCUGGGUUUGGCACCGAAGCACUGCUGCCCCGACUCAUCUUGGAGACCCGCCUGCGGCGGGAGAGGAGCCCGAGCCCCUGCAGGUUCCUGAGGGAUCGAUGGGAGCCAGAGGAUGAGACCGAGGAGGCGCUGGAGAAGGACCUGGAGCUGAGCCUCGGGCCGGGCCUGGAGGCGCCGCCCUUUCCUGGCGCCGAGGACGGGAGCCUCGGGGAAGGCCUGGAAGACACCGAGGACCUGGCCCGGCUGCGGCCGGUGUGCGACAGCUCCGUGCUGCUGUGCCUCAAGAAGAGGUUUUACCUGGGCCGAAUCUAUACCUUUGGGGGGCCCCUCCUGCUCGCUCUGAACCCCCGCCAGCCCCUGCCUCUCUUCUCACCUGAGGUCCUGGCCAGCUACCACCCUAGGAAGACCCCUAACACCACCCCACACAUCUUUGCCAUCGUGGCAGCAGCCUAUAGCCUGUCUCAGAGCACCGGGCAGGGCACCUGCAUCCUCCUGGGGUGAACCCUGCCAGCCUCUCCCUCCUGCAGUGGGCACAGCGGCUCUGGGAAGACAGAAGCUUCCAGAAAGAUUGUGCAGUUCCUAAGCAGCCUGGAGCAGUGGCAGACAAGGGACAGAGGAUGUCGGCUGGACGACGUGCUGCCCAUGCUCAGCAGCUUUGGCCACGCCAAGACAGUCCUCAACUCCAACGCCAGCCGCUUUGGCCAGGUCUUAGGCCUCUGCCUGCAGCAAGGGGUCAUCCUGGGAGCCUCUGUGUCACAUUACCUGCUUGAGACCUCGAGGGUGGUGUUUCAGGCCCAGGCUGAGCGGAGCUUCCAUGUUUUCUAUGAGCUGCUGGCGGGGCUGGACCCCAUGGCACGGGAACGGCUCUCCCUACAGGGGCCGGAGACCUACCACUACCUCAACCAGGGCCGGGCCUGCAGGCUCCGGGGCAAGGAGGACGCCCAGGACUUCACAGGACUGGUGAAGGCCCUGCAGGUGCUGGGCUUGGGCACCGAGGAGCUGACUGCCGUCUGGGCUGUGCUGGCUUCUGUCCUGCAGCUGGGCAACAUCUGCUUCUCCUCCUCAGAGAGGGAGUCACAGGAGGUGGCUGCCGUGUCCAGCUGGGCUGAGAUCCACACAGCAGCCCGGUUGCUGCAGGUGCCGCCCGAGCGCCUGGAGGGGGCUGUCACCAGGAGGGUCAUGGAGACGCCCUAUGGCCGGGUCUCGAGAUCCCUGCCCGUGGAAAGUGCCAUCAGCGCCAGGGACGCCCUGGCCAAGGCCCUGUACUCGCGGCUCUUCACCUGGCUUCUGAGGAGAACCAAUGUGCGGCUGGCACCCCCCGGGGAGGGAGGCAGCGUGGUCACUGUCACUGUCGUCGAUGUCUACGGCUUUGAGGCACUGCGGGUCAACGGCCUGGAGCAGCUGUGCAACAACCUCGCCAGCGAGCGCCUGCAGCUCUUCUCCAGCCAGAUGCUUCUGGCCCAGGAGGAGGAGGAGUGUCGGAGGGAGUUGUUGCCCUGGGUGCCCAUCCCCCAGCCUCCGCAGGAGUCCUGCCUGGAUCUCCUGGUAGACCAGCCCCACAGCCUCCUGAGUAUCCUGGAUGCCCAGACAUGGCUGUCCCAGGCCACGGACCACACCUUCCUGCAGAAGUGCCACUACCACCACGGCGACCACCCGCGCUACACCAAGCCCCAGCUGCCCCUUCCCAUCUUCACCGUGCGGCAUUACGCUGGGACCGUCACCUACCAGGUUCACAAGUUUUUAAACAGAAACCAGGAUCAUCUUGACCCUGCUGUGGUGGAAAUGCUUGCCCAGAGCCAGCUCCAGCUGGUGGGUAGCCUGUUCCAGGAAGCAGAGCCCGAGUCUGGGGACGGACCAGGCAAACCCACGCUGACCUCUCGCUUCCAGCAUUCCCUGGGGGACCUCCUAGCCCGGCUGGGCAGGAGCCAUGUCUAUUUCAUCCAGUGCCUCAACCCCAACCCGGGAAAGCUUCCGGGCCUCUUUGAUGUGGGUUACGUGGCAGAGCAACUGCGCCAGGCGGGCAUCCUGGAGGCCGUGUGUACCCGCAGCGCCAACUUCCCCGUUCGCGUGCCUUUCCAGGCCUUCCUGGCCAGGUUCCGGGCCCUGGGGACAGAGGGACAGGAAGAGCUCUCUGACCGGGAAAGAUGUGGCACCAUCCUGAACCAGGUGUUUGGGGCUGAGUCGCCCCUCUGUCACCUGGGAGCCACCCAGGUGCUACUGCAGGAGCUGGGCUGGCAGCAGCUGGAGCGGCACCGGGCCCAGCAGCGCGCCCAGGCCCUGCUCACCCUGCACCGAGGCCUCUGCGCCAGCCUCUCCUGUCAACGCCUUCGCCUCCUACCACGGAUUCGCGUGCGUGGGCUCCAGGCCAGGAAGUGGUACCUCCGGCGGCGGGCAGCUCUGGGGCAGCUGAACACCGUCCUGCUGGCGGGCCGGCGCCUGCUCUGGAGACAGCGGAGAGGGCAGGUGAAGCACAUGGAUGGGUCCUGCGCAGGGCAGCUCAGGGGAGAAGCCAGGCAGCCUUGCCGGCCACGUUGGCCAAAUCCCAACAGUGUCCACCCUCCAAGUGCAGCCGCAAGAGGACCGAGGCCUCGGAGACCAUUGCUGGUGAAGCUCCUUCCGUCCCCCUCUGCCUGGCCAGGCUGGCACGGCGUCGGGGCCUCCAAGAAGGGGCCAAGCAUGGAGCUGGGGCACUUGGAGAUCCCGGCUGAGCUGGCUGUCAUGCUGAAGACGGCGGAAGGCCAUCGGCACACCCUGGCCGAGAGCAUCACCGAGGCCAUGCCCCCGGAAGUUCCCGCACGGCCCAGCCUGACCCUCCCACCCGACAUCGACCAAUUCCCCUUCUCCAGCUUCAUCUCCAUCGGCUUUCAGGAGCCAUCCCUGCCCAGACCUGGGCAGCUGCUGACCAAACCCCUGACCCGGCUGGACAGUGAGAACCCUCAGCAUGCCCUGGAUAUCAACAAGGUGAUGCUGCGGUUCCUGGGGGACGCAUCCCUGGAGCCCUGGCAGGAGCAGACCAUGGGCCAGUACCUGGUGCGGCAGGGGCAGCGCCGGCCGGGGCUGCGCAACGAGAUCUUCAGUCAGCUCGCAGCCCAGCUCUGGCACCAGCCGGACGAGCAGCAGAGGCAGCGCGGCUGGGCCCUCCUGGCUGUUCUGCUCGGCGCCUUCCCCCCAGUGUCCACCCUGCAGAAGCCGCUGCUCAAAUUCGUGUCCGACCAGGCCCCCGGGGGCAUGGCAGCACUGUGCCAGCACAGGCUGCUGGGAGCCCUGCAGCAGACACAGCGGGCCCCUGGGUCCGAGCGGGCCCACCCACCCACCCAGCUCGAGUGGACGGCCGGAUGGAGGCAGGGCCGCAUGGUGCUGGAUGUCUUCACCUUCACCGAGGAGUGCUUCUCGGCCGAGGUGGAGUCCUGGACCACAGGGGAGCAACUCGCCGGGCGGAUUCUGCAGAGCAGAGGCCUGGAUCCGCCCCCGCGUGGCUGGUCUGUGUCACUGCACUCUAAGGACUCCUGGCAGGACUUGGCUGGCUGCGACUUCGUGUUGGACCUAAUCGGCCAGACCGAGGAUCUGGGGGACCCGGCCGGUCCCCACAGCUACCCAAUCGCCCCCCGUGGCUUAGCCGAGGACAUCCCCCCGGCCCCUGGCAUCCAGGCCCCCUCACUGCCCCCAGGUCCCCCUCCAGGCCCAGCCCCAGCUCUGCCCAGCAGGGGUCACACAGGUGAGUCCCGGACCUCAGGGAGUCUGGAUGGCUUCCUGGACCACCUCUUCUCCCCGUGCCUCAGCGUGAGUGAUCUGGAGCAAGGCAGGGCUCUGAGCGGCCGCAUGAAGGGAGGGGGCGCCAUGGGGCCCAUGCAGCAAGGCAGCUAUCCCGUGGUGUACUCAGGGAUGAUGCAGAUGCCCGGAUACCAGCCAGCCAUGAUGCCUGCACCUGUGCCCAUGAUGCCAGCAAUGGGGGCGGUCCCCGCCAUGCCAGCCGUUGUGGUGCCGCCACAGCCGCAGCCGCAGCCACAGCCACAGCCCCUGCUUCCCAGCGUGGACGCGAGGCAGCUGGCAGUCCAGCAGCAGAACUUCAUCAACCAGCAGGCGCUGAUCCUGGCCCAGCAGAUGACCACCCAGGCCAUGACCUUGUCCCUUGAGCAGCAGGCAAAGCAGCGCCAGAGCCAGCCCCUGGAGCAUCAUGCCCAGGCCCCGGCCCCUGGAGCUGCCUCCCUGACUCCAGCCCCAGCCGUCUCCCCCAAGCCCAAGAAGACACCCACCCCCCAGAAGGAGCCAGAGCGUGACCUGGAACUGGUAGGUGCCUGCCGGAGGGAGACCUCACAGGAGGCUGAACACAGGCCCCGGCGGCCCAAGAGCUUCCAGCAGAAACGGGACUAUUUCCAGAAGUUGGGGCAGCAGCAGAUCAAGGUGGAGAUGAUGAGGCCUCCGGCCAAGGUGAAGAUCCCCCAGGGGGAGGAGCAGGAGGAGGAGCCGGAAGAAGAGGAACCGAGAGCAGUGCCGUCACCUCCUCCUCCCCCAGUAGUGAAAAAGCCACUGGCACGAGAUGGGGCCAAAGCUGCACAGGAGGUUGAGGCAGAGCCAGCCACAGAGGCGGGGCCUGGCGGUGGUCGCCGGCCGGCAGAGGGCAGAGCCGUGGUGCGUAGCUCGGACCCUAAGCCCCGGCGGGCAGAGCCCAGCAGGGAGAUCCGCAACAUCAUCCGCAUAUACCAGAGCCGCCCAGGCCCCAUGCCCGUGCCCGUGCAGCCGCCCAGGAAGCCCCCCCAGAUCUUCCUGAAGAAAAACAACCCUAAGGAUGAGGCUCUGGCUAAGCUGGGGAUCAGUGGUGCCUCCUCGCUGCCCUCGACGCUGUCCCCCAGCCCAGGGAAGGGCCCCCCACCAGCUGUGGCCCCUCGACCCGAGGGCCAGCCACGGCGUGUGCCCUCCAACUCCAUCAAGGAGAAGCAGGGGCCCCUUCAAGAGCUGUUUGGCCAGAACCCACCCACUGCCCAGAGUCCCCCGCCUCCGCCAGCACCUCCACUGCCUCCACCCUUGGACCCAGCGACCCCUCCAGCUGAGCCGCACAGCUUUGUGGAGACCAUGGGGGACCAGGGGAUCUCCACCCAGCUGCUCGUGCCCUCGGGCAGCGUCUGCUUCUCCUACGCCAGCGCCCCCUGGAGGUUGUUCCUGCGCAAGGAGGUGUUCUACCCCCGGGAGAACUUCAGCCACCCCUACUGCCUCAGGCUCCUCUGUGAGCAGAUCCUGAGGGACACCUUUGCGGAGUCCUGCAUCCGGAUCUCCCAGGACGAGAGGCACAGGAUGAAAGACCUGCUGCGAGACCUGGAGGUGGGCCUGGACUCCCUGGACACAGCUGAGGACAGUGUCAAGAAGCGCAUCGUGGUGGCCGCCAGGGACAACUGGGCCAAUUACUUCUCCCGCAUCUUCCCCGUCUCGGGCGAGGGUGGCAGCGACGUGCAGCUGCUGGCCGUGUCCCACCGGGGGCUGAGACUGCUAAAGGUGACCCAAGGCCCCAGCUUCCACCCCGACCAGCUGAAGACUCUCCGCUCGUACAGCUUUGCUGAGGUACUGGGCGUGGAGUGCCUGGCUGGCUCCACCCUGGAGCUGUCGCUGAAGAGUGAACGGCUGCUGCUGCACACAGUCCGGGCGGGAGCCGUCAAGGCCAUGGUUGAGCUGCUCCUGAGAGAGCUCAGGAAGAACUCCGGCUACGUCAUUGCCCUGCGAAGCUACCUCACUGACGACCACAGCCUCCUCAGCUUCCAACGGGGGGACCUCAUCAAGCUGUUGCCGGUGGCCGCUCUGGAGCCAGGCUGGCAGUUUGGCUCCACCGGGGGCCGAUCCGGACUCUUUCCUGCUGACAUAGUGCAGCCGGCUGCUGCUCCGGACUUUUCCUUCUCGAUGGAGCAGAGGAAUGGCCGGCACAAGAGUCAGCUGCGGCACAGAGAGUGGGAUAAGGCGUCAGAGUUCCCCACCCACCCCUGGAGCCAGGCACACAGUGACAACUUGGCCACCAGCCCGUCCCCGUCUGUCGCCUGCGUCACCCUGCCCACGGACUCCGACUACACCAUGCAGGAAUUUGCCCUGCGCUACUUCCGGAAGCCCCAGACUCUGCUGGGCCAGACAAGUGAAGAUGCCAAGAGGAAGGCCAUGGCCAGCCUGGUGCAGUACAGCAAGGCUCCCAUCCAGGCAUCACUCAUCAGCAUCAGUGACGAGGACGUGAACAGGCGGGCCAUGGGAAGCUUCCAGGCUCUGAUGCAGUUUAUGGGGGACCAGUCCAAGCCCCGGGGCAAGAACGACCUGGAUCUCCUCUACGGGCUGCUGAAGCUGUGCCAGGAGGAGAACCUCAGGGAUGAGAUUUACUGCCAGGCCAUCAAGCAGAUCACAGGACACCCCCGGCCGAGACUCUGCGCUCGAGGGUGGACUUUCCUCAGCCUCCUCACAGGCUACUUUCCCCCAUCAACCUCGCUGAUGCCCUACGUGACCAAGUUUCUGCAGCAUUCGGCCCUGAGCCAAGAGCUGGCCCGGCGCUGCCAGGGGCACCUCCAGCACACAGUCAAGUACGGGGGGCGCCGGCAGCUGCCCUCCCCAGGCGAAAUGCAGGCUUUCCUGAAAGGACAAGUAGUCCACCUGCUCCUAAUUCACCUGCCCGGGGGUGUGGAGUACAAGACCAACACCCACACUUUCACGGUGGCAGCAGAAGUACUGGAGGAGAUGUGUGGGCAGAUGGGCAUCACGGACCCCCAUGAAGUGCAGGAAUUUGCCCUCUUCCUCAUCAAAGGGGAAGGCCAGCUGGUGCGGCCCCUGUGGCCCCGGGAGUACCUCAACAGCGAGGUGGUGGGUCUGGACGUGAGCCUGCACAGCCGGCGGCUCGGCUGGGAGACCCCGCUGCACUUCGAUAAUCCCACCUACGUCAGCACCCACUACGGCCAGGUGCUGCGGGACUACCUGCAGGGGAAGCUGCUAGUCAGCGCCCAGGAAGAUGCCCGACUUGCCAGGCUGGCUGCCUUGCAGCACCUCAGCAGGAACCACGAGGAGCCCCCCUCAGAGCAAGACCUACUGGCUUACUUGCCAAAGCGGCUGCAAUGUCAGAUGAACGUGGCCGCUGUGAAGAGCCUGAUGGGCCAGGAGCUGCGGCAGUUGCAAGGAUGCAGCUCUCAGGAAGCGCAGAUCAGCUUCAUAGAGGCCGUGAGUGAGCUGCCCCUCUUUGGCUACACUGUCUACAUGGUGCUGAGAGUGAGCAAGCCGGCCCUGCCCAGCCCUGGCCUGCUGGGGCUGAACCGCCAGCACCUCAUCCUCAUGGACCCCAGCUCUCAGGACCUGUGCUGCUCCAUCGCCCUGAGGGACCUGCAGCGGCUCCGCGUGCUGAGCCCACUGGGGCCUGAGGACUCCCCUGGCCUGGAACUCAACUAUGGCUCGGCAGACAACCCCCAGACCAUCUGGUUUGAGCUGCCGCAGGCCCAGGAGCUGAAGCACACCAUCACCUUCCUGCUGGACCGCAACUCUCCUUCCACUUAGUGGCCGGGCUUCACCCAAGAGGAGUGGGGGACGGGCAGAGACGAGGACAGGAAGCCUCUCUGGCCAAGUCUCACCCGGACAGUCUCCUUUGGGUGCUGUCAGGCCAGUCUGGCCUGGACUUCACCGCUUGGUUCUGGAACCUGCUGCAGCACAGCCCAGCUGCCCACGGGGAGGGGCUGCUAUAGUGACUUCAACUGGGAAAGAGUCAUGAGACUCCCUCUGGGGUGGGCCUGGGCCUGAGCCUGGGGUGGG